GUGAAUUGUGCCAGAAAACCAACUUUUUUGCAGAGAGCAUAUCUCUUUACCCUAAUAGGUUAUCAAAGAAUUGUUGGUUACACAUUAGAAUGAUGAAGAAUGUAAAAAAUGACUAAUCUUACCCCUAUUCUCCCCUAUGGUGUAGACACGGGAUGCAGAGGGUUUUUAACGUGUUCACAUUAAUAAAAAAUAGCAGUAGAGUAAUGAAAAAAGUAAUAAAAGUAGUGCCUUGUUGAAGUGAUUAGUGGACAGAAAAACACAUGCGCAGACAAAAUUUACCCAACCUGCCUGGUAGCCAUGGCCAUGGUCAAUAGACAGUAUUGGUGAUCUCUUACUAACCCAGACCCAGAUGUUAACGUGAGCUUAUAAGUCAGAAAAGCAUGCUGAUGACGUUGAUACAGCGGAGCCCCUGGAGUUUUCCCUGAAGGCAUUGAUUCCAGACACUGAUAUAUCAAGCUAAGACAUGUUUGGGGUUGGAACCAAACUGAUGGGAAAUAACCACAUUUCCAAAUGACGUGCUGGACUUAUGAAUCAUGUCAAACCAUGAACCAGGCUAAUCAGUUGGGUUCUUAGGACUAUUGAAGGACUCAUACAACACACUGUAAAAGUGUGUGAAUUAUAAAGACUCAACUUCACACUAUUAAUCUAUGUGUUGUGUGAAUGGCCACUCUCUGGUUGUUUGUGAAUCUGCACGUACUGUAGGGCAUCUACAGACUGGAUUGUGUUUACAUGUAACCAUCCAUGCACUGAUAUUCCCACACUUUCCUCCAUCUGUGUCUCCACUCUCCACUUUUAUAAUAUAUACAAGGGCUCACACACACAAACAUAUGGGCUCACACACACAGACUAAAAGAGCUGUUCCUUCCCCCUGUGAUGCAAGGCGAGCCUCAGAGGAGGUUUACCCUUAAAGUGCAUCACUCGAGAGACAGAGAAGUGACAGUGGCAGAGAAGAGGGCAGUACAACAGGAACAACACACACUCACACACACUCUCACAGAAGGAAACGUAUGGUACCAUCACCAAGCUGUGUCUGGGGCCGACAUGAAGAUUGUGUUACUGGAUACCUGAAAAGUGCUCAACACAUCAGCCAUACUAUCUGUGUUUCUAGGCCUUGAAGAGAGAGUGAGAACGUGGGGGAGAGAUAGGGCCACGAUACUCCUGCUCUGAAGAGAAGUGGUGUCACAGGGAAGACUGCAGCUGUACGCCACUGUUACCUUCUUUUAAUUCAAAUACUACAGAGACUUUCACACAAGCGCACCGGAAGCAAUCAACUUUGUAAGCAUUUGGGUGUGGUGUGGUGUGCUUGUAUGUGUGUGUGGUCAUUAUGGAGCUCAACACCUCCACCCCAACAGCCAAGUUCCACUGCAACCACUCCUCACAGACUCUGGUGACCUCUGUGCUGCCCCCGGUGAUGAUCAUAGAGGUGGCAGUGGGCUUACCUUGCAACCUGGUGGCUCUAUGGAUCUUCUGGUUCCGCAUGAUGGGCUGGCGAGCCAACGUCAUCUUCCUCUUCAACCUGGUGCUCGCCGACUUCCUGCUGCUGGUCAGCAUGCCCUUCCGCAUCAACUACCUGCUGUACGACGAGGAUUGGGGGUUCGGUGGAGCCGGAUGCCGCGCCAACCUCUUCAUGUUGGCGGUCAACCGCUCGGCCAGCAUCGGCUUCAUGACGGCCGUGGCGGCAGAUCGCUAUUUCAAGGUGGUCCACCCGCACCACUGGAUCAACCGGGCGAGCCCGCGGCAGGCCUGGGUGGUGGCGGCCCUGACCUGGAUGCUGGUGGUGGCCCUACGGCUGCCCCUCCUGGCCACGAAGCUGGAGAAGGUGGGCGACGGCGGCCGCAUGCUCUGCCGCAGCUUCGACUCCUACGCCAAGCCGCCGCCGAGCAUCGUGCUGCACAACGCCGUCUUCACGCUGGAGUUCCUGCUGCCGCUGCUGCUCCUCAUCGUCUUCUCGGCGCGCAUCACCUGCAUCCUCCACCAGCGCAACAUGGACCGCGAGCGCAAGGUGCGCCGCGCCAUCCGCACCGUGGUGGUCAUCGUGGUGGUGUUCGUCGUCUGCUUCGGCCCCGGCGUGUUCACCGGCCUGCUGGCCGUCCUCUACAGCAAGGUCUGGCCCGAGGACUGCCACAGCUACCAGCUGGUCACCCAGCUCUUCAGCCUCUCCAUCGGCUUCACCUACCUGAACAGCACCUUGGACCCCGUCAUCUACUGCUUCUCCAGCUCCAUGUUCAGGAACGCGCUCAAGGGCUCCAUCAACCGGCUGGGCUUCGUCAAUUUGCAGCUCAGCCGAAGAGGCAGCAUGACCAGCGACAGCUAAUUGAAGUGGGGUGUCGUCAUAUCAUAUUAACAUUAUCAAAUGCUGAUGAACACCAUUGAUGCAGCCUUGUGCUAGUUUAUGCAUGUCUUCAGCUCUGUCCAUCUAUUGACAUUUACACAUGCAGAAUGAAUACACUGACAGAUGAAAAGGGUAUUACAACCCACCUCGGUACUUAUAUGAAGAAGUACAAAGGAACAGAGGAUUUAGGGAGCUGGAGGCUGCAGUAGUGGUAAGGACAGUUAUAGAAUGGAAUCCCUUCAGAACAUUGACCUUGAGCUUGUGACUGAAAUCCAUUUGAAGGCCGCUCAAAGUGUAGCAGAGACUAAUGUGCUUACAGUGUAUAUAUUGUGUGAACCUAUACCUUUCAGAAUGUCCCAGGACUAUACAAAGAUCUGGUUAUGUUAUAACUGUAACAUUGAUACAUAUUCAUUUGGAUUAGUAAAUAUCAC